AUGGCGAUGAACCCGGCCGAGCGCCACUUCUCGGCCGAUGCCGACGCCGCCAUCGCCGCGCUGCGGCGGUCCCGACGAGUUCCGUAUGGCGGCGGAUUGCACUCCUCCUCGUGCACUGUCCCGCUGCCGGGCGUCGCUGGCGCCGAGCUGCUCGACGAGCUCCGUACGCUGCUCGGCUGGCCACUCGAUGGCGAGGUCCCGCUCGCCCUCGACGACGCCACCGAGGGCGUCCGACGCCUGCUAACGCUGCUCUACCCUCGGCUGCCAGCCUCCGACGAGGGCUACUGGAGCGAAGCGGACUGCCGCUUGAUCGCGAGACAAGCGGCGCAGACACUCGGCUAUGCCGCCGCCCGCCGGCUGCUCAACGCGCUCGGGCUCGAGUCUCGCUUCGGCGACGCGCCCGGCUGCCGGCUGCACUGGUACGACUCGGGAGCGGGGGGUGGCGGUGCGUCGGCGCCCCCACUCCUCCUGAUCCAUGGCAUGUUCACCACGGGCGCCUCGCUCGCUCCGCUCGCGCUGCUGCUGCGCUCGUCGCGCCGGGUCGACCUGCUCGGCCACUCCUUCGGCGCAAAUGUGGCGCUCGAGCUGGCCCGCCAGGAGGGCGCCGAAGGAGCGGCGCGGACGGCGCGCUUGCUCCGGCAGCUCGCCGCGCCACUGUUGCGCGCCGCCGCCCGGCUCGUCCGACCGGCCUUGCUCGGGGUCUUUGUCUCCCCGAACACAGUCAACCUCUGGUCGGGCGAGUCGUACCUCCGCCUCGUCCGCCGUCGCCACGCCGCCACGCCGCUGACCGACCCGCCCUGCAACCUCAUCUUCGCCGCGUGGGACGGCGACGACCUCGUCGCGGCGCGGCCUGCGGACGGCCUCCGCGCCUCCUUCCCCACCGCCGACGUCACGCUCGUCACGCGCGCGCUGCACCAGAUCAACGUGCUCAACCCGGCGACGGUCUGCGAGUGCGUCGAGGCAUUCGAGGCGAGGCGCGGCUGCGAGCCGCCGCGCGCUGGCGCCACGCUCGUCGGGCGCGGCACCGACCUGCUGCGGCGAGGGCUUGCAGCCCUCGACCGGUUGUGCGGGGUGGCGGCGACGCAGGAGGCUGUGGGCGUGUCGCUGCCCGCGAAGCCGCGGCUUUGACCCUUUUUGUAAAUAUAACAGUCUGCCGCCGCGUCGCUGCAAUGAGUGAUCUCUGUGCGGCGUGCACUGACCACUGACCACUGAGCACUUCCAGGAGCAAGACUGGUGGCCGCAGAGAGAAUCUAGAGAGUGAGAAAAUACAUGUCGCCAUUCGUGAACACAUCAACUUUUUUAGAAUAUGUAUGUA